CACUGAGACGGGGGUUAACAUCAAACAGGGGUUCACACUGCUGAAGAAUGUCUCGUUGUAGAGAGAAGUUCACGCUGAAGAGGCUAACGAAGCCCUCAUCCUUUGUUAGUUGCUAUAUGAGCGAGAAGUUAUCGUUAGAGAUGGAUAAGAGCGCACGGCCAACUAUGGCUCAUGGCAUGCUGAGAAGGUGGAGGGCGUGCUUCACCACGCUGAUGGUGGUGUUUGGACUCGUGUGGGUGUCAUUGGCCUGGCCUGGUGGCCAGGUUGAAGCCGCUGUGGAGGGCGCUGUAGAGGGCGCUGCCGCUGUGGCUUACAGUGAGUUCAAUGCUACUGAACUGGAGUCAUUGUACCAGGGAGUACUAUCGUCGUCAAACCACGCUGGCGAGUGGUUGAAGAAGUACACCAGCGAGGCUCAUCUGGCAGGCACGAACUUUGCCCUGGCACAGUUCACUGCUGAUAAGCUGGAGGAGUUUGGGUGGAAGGCUGAGAUUGAGAACUUCAACGUGUAUAUCAACUAUCCACAUGACCACGGCAUCAGGUUACUGAAGCCACACAAGGACUCAUACAGGGUUGUUUAUGAGCCAACAUUGGUUGAAGAUGAACUGGAGCAGGAUCCAACGACUAGGGGCGAAGGCCUAGUGCCAGCAUUCCAUGGAUAUUCCGCAAAUGGCAACGUCACUGGCGAGCUGGUGUUUGCUAACUACGGCACCAAGCAAGACUUUGAGCUGUUGGCUGAAAGAGGCGUGACUGUGAAGGGGAAGGUUGUAAUUGUCCGUUACGGAGGUAUCUUUAGAGGCCUGAAGGUCAAGUUUGCCCAGGAGGCUGGUGCUGUUGGCGUGAUCAUCUAUUCUGACCCUGCUGAUGACUAUACACCUUCUGGAGUGGAGCCUUAUCCAAAGGGACCAGGUAGAAACCCGUCUAGUAUCCAAAGAGGCUCAGUACAGUUCCUAUCCUCCUUGCCUGGAGAUCCAUCCCGUUUCACAGAUCGCUCACCAGAGGCAUUGGCAAAUCUGACGACUAUUCCACGUAUUCCAUCUCUGCCAAUCUCCUACAAGGAGGCCAUUCCAAUAUUGGAGACGCUCAAUGGCCAUGGCCUGGAUUUGGGAUUCAAAGGAGGACUGCCAGAGUUCAAUUACUCUACAGGGCCUUCAACAUCUCAGGUGAACCUCUAUAACGACGUUACGUAUAACUUCACCGAUAUCAGCAACGUUUAUGGGUUUGUUGAAGGUGAAGAUGCGGAUAAAGUCAUCAUCAUUGGAAACCACAGGGAUGCCUGGAUCAAAGGUGGUGCUUCAGACCCAAACUCUGGAUCUGCAGUGCUUUUGGAGGUUGCCAGAGCAUUUGGCGAGCUGUUUAAACUGGGUUAUAAACCUAGAUAUUCUCUUCUGUUGGCCUCAUGGGAUGGUGAGGAGUACGGGUUGUUAGGAUCCACUGCGUAUGCUGAAAAGUAUGCUGACCAGCUGAAGAAGAACGUGAUUGCCUACUUGAAUGUUGAUGUUGCAGUGUCUGGAUCUCACUUGAGAUUGACUGGGUCUCCUCUCCUAGAGCAGUUUGUUCUUAACCAGACCAAGAAGCUUUCAUACCCUGGCGAUGAAACGUUGAGCCUCUACGACCAUUUUGUUAACGAGUCCUCUGUUCAUAUCUUGGGAUCAGGCUCUGACUACACCGCAUUUUAUGAGCAUUUGGGUAUCCCAUCUUUUGACUUGGGAUUUGUCAAUGGCAAAGGCGAUCCGGUAUACCAUUACCACUCUAACUACGAUUCUUAUCACUGGAUGAGCAAGUUUGCUGACCCUGGCUUUAAGUACCACAACGCAUUGGCAAAAUACAUUGGUUUAUUGGCAAUCAACUUAUCUGAACCAAAGCUGCUGCAAUCACUUUCUCCUCUAGACUUUGCACACUCGUUGAAGGGGUUCUACGAGGCAUUGGUAGAACAAGUGCCUCCUGAUUGGCUGAACAAGACCAUCGAAUUGGAAAACGGAAAUGAAGACUAUUUGAUGAAUUCAUGCCACCUCAGAGAGAAGUGGGACACGGAUGUUUCUAAGUCUAAGAACCCAUUGAAGAAGUUCCUGUUCAACAGACGUGUUCGUCAAGCCAACGAUCAGAGCUCCAAGGUGGAACAACAGUUCUUAUACGCACCUGGGUUGAAGAACCGUGAUUGGUUCAAACAUAUUGUGUUUGCAUCUGGAAGGUACACAGGUUAUGCUGGUCAAGCCUUGCCUGGACUGGCAGAGGCCCUAGAGGACAAUGAUUUCGAGGAGGCUGUUCGCUGG